AUGACUGAGAGUAAACGAGGCGCUGUCAUACUCCAGCAAGGGCAGUACAUGUACCGCAAAGACUACAUUCAUAAUGACAGGAUCACUUGGAGGUGUGUGAAGCGGCACAGCGGUUGCAAAGCCACCUGUGUCAUUAAAGGAAGCAAGUUGAUUAAGAUCUCUGCCGACAUCGGCGCCCGCUACGCCACCAUGAACGGCCGCCGAGUGCUGCUGAUCGGCAACUAUCGCUUCAUGAAGCACUACGACGGCAGGAACGGCAGAACAAGAUGGCGGUGCUCCAUGGAAGUGAUACAGACGUCCAGUGGCUACCCGAAGCUUAUGUACUGCGGUUUUUUGUACAGGCCGCACAACGCGUACAGGCACAGGAGACUGCAACUGUGGUACUGUAGGUAUCGGAACACGAGGCAGUGCCGCGCCAUCGUGAGGACCAUGGACGGACACAUCAUCAAGACCGAGGAGAAUCUGUUCCACUCAUUUGGCUUGAUUGGAACGGGCAUCGACUGUUUUGCGUCGUACUGCCUCAGUAAACAAGGCAAGAUGGGAAUCAACGUGGGAGGCUACAGGUUCAGAUUCAACGGCUGCGCGAGGAACGGCAAGAUACGAUGGCGAUGUUCACGUGGUCCGUGGUGUAAAGCCGCCCUCCAUACUUACAGAGGCAGGAUAGUAUACAUACAGAGCACACACAACUGUGGGCCGAAACCGCCUAGCUAA